AUGCAACAACAACAGGGAGUAGGCAUCACAACGAACAGCCUCAUCAAGGGAAGAUGGACGGUGAUUCGUAAGAUUGGACAGGGCGCAUUCGGAGAGAUCUACUCGGGCAAGAACAUCAUCAACAAUGAGAUGGUGGCCAUCAAGGUGGAGAAGAUCGACACGAAGAAGCAAGUGCUCAAGCUCGAGGUGGCCGUGCUCAAGAAGCUGCAGGCCUGUCCAUAUGUAUGUAGGUUCAUCACAUGUGGCAGACACAACGACUACAACUAUAUGGUGAUGGAGCUACUGGGCGACAACCUCUCAGAGUUGAGACGACGUCAAGGCGAUGGCAAGUUCUCAAUGACCACCACUCUAAAGUUGGGCAUCCAAAUGAUUCAAUCAUUGGAGGCUGUUCAUGAUCUUGGAUAUCUACAUAGAGAUGUAAAGCCUUCAAACUUCACUAUUGGAUUGGGUAACAACAAGAGACAUAUAACAUAUUUGAUCGACUUUGGAUUGGCAAGAAGAUAUGUAUUGUCCAGCGGAGAAGUCCGUCAAGCUAGAGAUCAGACAGGCUUCAGAGGAACAGCCCGUUAUGCAUCGAUAAACUCCCAUCUCUCAAAGGACUUGGGCAGACGCGAUGACCUCUGGUCGAUUCUGUACGUGCUGAUUGAGUUUGCGCUGGGUCAGCUGCCAUGGCGCAAGCUGAAGGACAAGGAUCAGAUCGGCGACAUGAAGAUCAAGUACAACACACAGGACCUCGUCAAGGACCUGCCCAGACAGUUCGAACUGUUUAUGCGCCAUCUCAAGACACUCUCCUACGAGGAGCGACCAAACUAUGCAAGUCUUCAGUCGCUGCUGACUGAGUGCUACCACGAGCAUGGAGGCACCGAUGCCACCCUCUUUGACUGGGAGGUUGCCGCUCAGAACAACAACUUUAUCAACUCUAGUCAUUCACAGCUACCAAGAGUUACUGUACCAUCACCUUCAACUGUGGAUGUUGAAGCAAGCAGGGACAAUGACUCAAAGCCCUACAGGGACUCACCUAUUGAGAAUGAGUUGUCGCCACAGGCACCUCAUCGUAAGGACUCGGCCAGUGCGUCUGUGAUUGCAGCAUCAUCGGACAAUGGCGAGAAGUCUGGCUCAUGGAACCAGAAGAGUAUCAAUAAGCGACCAGAGGAGUUGCUACCAACUGGCACGGACGAUACGAUGGCCAAUACACCUACCAAGAUCAAACCACUGUCUCCAACGGUCCAGCAGCCACAACAACUCCAACAACAACAACAACAAUCAAACUCUAAACUAGCCUUUAACAACACCAGCAACACCAACAACAACAACAACUACACGACGGCCAACAACCAUCCCAAGACCAAAGGCAGAUGUUGUACAAUCAUG